AUGGGAGCCUCGGAGUCGAAGCUAGUCUUCAAACAGGGAAUAUUUCGCUUAUCGGAGGAGAAGGAGAUUCCCGCAGACGAUCCAUACUGGACCAGAUUCUGGGAGCUCCCCGAAUCCACGGAGGAUGUCUUCAGCCUAUUUACCCCAGCGGACAUACGGCGAACCCGCGACAAUGCAUUAGGAAACUUCGAAACAUUAUUACUAUCCAUAACUUCUCGUUUAACGGCCCUAAAAAACCAUCCUUCCUUCCCAGACCCGGAUCUCGCCCCCGACCGAGAUGCGCUGAACUGCAUUCGUAUUCUCACUCGCCUCCUCCCAUACGUGUACGAAGCCGAGCAUCUAGAAGACUGGGAGGAGAGGUUCUUUUGGACUCGUCGAAGGAAAAGGACCAGGGAAGCUCAGUUGGCUACAGAUGUUCUUUUCGAUGAAGCGCAAGCGGAAGAGGGGCAGGACCCAGCGUCUCCCCGCCUCAACGAAUAUGAUGAUGUGAAGCCUUUGGCAGAAGAGUUGAUUGACACGCUCAUGGAUCUACUCUUUUACACGGACUUUACCAUCCCUACGUUGCCGUCAGCAAAAUCUAAAGUUUCGUACUCCAUCUGGCAAAGUGGUGUUGGGUGCAACACUUCUAUGGGUUCGACAAGGGAAUUCGAAAACAACCGCUGCGAAAUUCUUCGGUUACUGCUCACAAUUACUGGAAAGGCAAUGUACAUGUCUUCUAGUUUACUGCCUGUUCAAGGUGUCAGAGCUAUUACAUACAUCACGACUUGCCAGGAGAAACAAGCGGUAUUGACACUUCUAUGCUCACUUCUAAACACGGCAAUCAAAUACAACCCUGCAUCGUGGAGAGUGCCCUACGAUCAUGUUGUAUGGAAAGACCCCAGACAGAUCUUAGUGAUUUAUAGUCUCCAGUUUCUCCUUGUGCUCCUCUUGUACCCUGUUCCCGAGGACGGUCGUGGGAACCCUCCCAAAAACUACUUCCGUCACUAUUUCGGCCGCCUGCACAGACCACAAGACUUUCAGUUCUUAGUUGAUGGCAUGACCAGAAUUUUGAACCAGCCAAUGCAAGCAACGACGGCUUAUCUUCCCGGUAGCCAGAAGUCGGUCAAGUGGGCACCAGAGAUGCUUGUCCUGUUCUGGGAGACCUUACAAUGCAACAAGCGGUUUAGGUCAUUUAUCAUUGACUCGAACAGGUCUCACGACUUUAUUAUUCUCUGUAUUUUCUACAGCAUCACCUAUAAGUCCGAUCCGGCAAAGCAAGGCGUGGUUCGGAUGUGCAUAUUUAUUCUGCAAACAAUGAGUGUUGAGCCUACUUUUGGGAAGAGUUUGAACAAUAAAUUUGAAGCCCAAGAAACCCUGCCACAGAGUAUACGGAUACCCGGGUUCCGAGGUUCAUAUGCCGACUUUCUCCUCAUAUCCAUCCACACCUUGAUUACUACUAGCAAAGGCAAGCUUAACGCUGUGUACCCAGCUCUUCUUGCCGUUAUCAAUAACAUCGCACCAUAUGUUGAGCAUCUGGUCCCGGAGGCAUGCUCCAAAUUGCUGCAGCUGUUUACAUCCAUGUCAGCUCCCAGCUUUCUAUUGGCCAACGAUUCAAACCACGCGCUACUUGCUUCGGUUCUCGAAUCCAUAAAUGCCAUUCUCGAACAUAAGUUCACAAAAAAUCCAUUCCUUGUAUAUGCCAUUCUCAAGCACAGAAGACGCUUUGAAGCAGUCCGGGAAUUCACCCUUGAGAGUGGCCAGCAAGAGAUUGAACGACAAAACGAACGGAGAAAGGCUGAAAACCGUGACACUGUCGCCAGUCCGGUUCUUUCAGCCUCCGAAGACGAUCCGCGCCUUUCUUCUGGUGCGCGGUCACCUCUUGGCCGCAUCCCAGAGGAGAAUAACAGUCCUUUCGCCAUCGGUGGGGAUGACUCGGAGGAUGAGGGUGAAGGUCAACAUACACCAGCACAAGACUCAGCUUCAGUCCAAACCUCGCGCAGGCAAUCAAUCUCAUCCACGGCCGAUGAGAGUGUUCCGUUACAGCUGCGAGGGAUGUCGGAGAAGGCUCGGGGCAAAAUGCCGGCGGGACAGCCAUCGUUCUCAAGACAAAACAGCAUGACGAGUCAAAUCAGCAUGUCGGCUCUGUUCUCUCCCCCUUCAAACGGUUUUACGCCCACUACAGCUUGGCUUGAGUCUUGGCUACCCGAACUUCCCCUGCACACCAUCCUUACGAUCAUCUCCGCUAUCAUUCCCAGUAUUCCCGAGACAGCGUUCCAAUCAUCCUCAAAUGCUGAAACUCGCACCCUGAUCACGAAUCUCCCGUCAUUUGUGGAAGACCCAAUGAUCCAAAGCAUCACCUCGGAGCCUGCGCCUGCUCGUGUCCAUUCUUUUGAGUGGUCGGCUUUGUCGAUGGGCUGGUACGAAUCGUUGGUAUGGGGCUUCAUCUUCUCUUCAGAGAUGGUUGUUGGGACCGCAUCUGGAGCUACACCCGGCACGGUAGGUGUCUGGAAUGGGACAUCCAUUAAACUGUUUAAAGUGCAAGAAGCAGCCGUUCAGGGCCCUACGCUACUAGCGCCCAAGGGUGCCGUGGAUGCAGUUGGAAGUAACCUGGUGCAACGGAUCGGAAACUUGAGCCUGCGACGAAACAACACGCAGCCGGAUUCUCAGAGCAGCUCGGGGCCCCCGUCCAUUCGGGAGGUUUAG